AUGUCGGGCUCCUAUGAUGAGUCUGCGGCGGCUGCGGAGGAAAUAACCGACAGCUUCUGGGAGGUGGGGAACUACAAACGGACAGUGAAACGGAUCGACGACGGGCACCGGCUCUGCAAUGACCUCAUGAACUGCGUCCACGAGCGGGCCAAGAUCGAGAAGGCCUACGCCCAGCAGCUGACCGACUGGUCCAAGAGGUGGAGGCAGCUGAUCGAGAAAGGCCCGCAGUACGGCAGCUUGGAGAGGGCGUGGGGAGCCAUGAUGACAGAGGCGGACAAGGUGAGCGAGCUGCAUCAGGAUGUGAAGAACAGCCUGCUGAACGAGGACUUUGAGAAGGUGAAAAACUGGCAGAAGGACGCCUACCACAAGCAGAUCAUGGGAGGUUUCAAGGAGGCCAAGGAGGCAGACGACGGCUUCCGGAAAGCGCAGAAACCCUGGGCCAAGAAAAUGAAGGAGGUGGAGACGGCCAAGAAAGCAUAUCACCUGGCAUGCAAAGAGGAGAAGCUGGCAAUGACCCGGGAAGCCAACAGCAAGGCAGAGCAGUCCAUCACUGCAGACCAGCAGAAGAAGCUCCAGGACAAGGUGGAAAAGUGCAAGCAAGAUGUGCAAAAGACCCAAGAGAAAUACGAGAAGGUGCUGGAGGAGCUGAACAAGUGCACCCCGCAGUACAUGGAGAGCAUGGAGCAGGUGUUCGAGCAGUGCCAGCAGUUCGAGGAGAAGAGGCUCAUCUUCCUGAAGGAGGUGCUGUUGGACAUCAAGCGGCACCUGAACCUGGCUGAGAGCAGCAGCUACACCAAUGUCUACCGCGAGCUGGAGCAAACCAUCCGCGUGGCAGACGCGCAGGAGGACCUCAGGUGGUUCCGCAGCACUAGCGGCCCGGGGAUGCCUAUGAACUGGCCCCAGUUUGAGGAGUGGAACCCGGACCUCACGCACACGAUAACGAGGCGAGAGAAGAUUAAGAAGAAUGAAGGGGUGACCCUGACCAACGCCACUGCAGUGGGCGAGUCAGCAGCAGUGGCCGGGGACCGCGGCAGCGUGAGCAGCUACGACCGAAGCCAGCCCUACACCACUGAGUGGUCGGACGACGAGGGCGGCAACUCCUUCAGUGCCAGCGAGGCCAAUGGCGGCGCCAACCCCUUUGAGGAGGAGCCAGUGGGGAAGGGAAUGCGCGUGCGAGCUCUGUAUGACUACGACGGGCAGGAGCAGGAUGAGCUGAGCUUCAAAGCGGGCGACGAAUUAACCAAAUUAGGUGAAGAAGAUGAACAAGGAUGGUGCAAAGGGCGUCUAGACAAUGGGCAACUCGGCCUUUACCCAGCCAACUAUGUGGAGUCUAUCUAA